CUUAAACUGACUUGGGCCCAGAAUAACCAAUAGCAGGGAGAGAAAAAAGAAGAGAGAGAGAAAAUGGAGAGGGGGAGGAACGGCCGCGACGAAGAAGAGAAAGGUUUGUUAUGGAAGCUUCCGGUACUUCAGUCAAAUCAACUGGGAAAAUUGGGCCCUGCCUUCGGUUUCGGCGCCGGCUGUGGUGUCGGUUUAGGCGUCGGCCUCAUCGGAGGUACAGGCUUUGGUCCUGGACUUCCUGGUUUACAGCUUGGUUUUGGCCUUGGUGCUGGAUGUGGUGUAGGUUUAGGAUUUGGUUACGGUAUGGGGAGGGGUGUUGCUUAUGAUGAGAGCCGGAGACACUCUAAUGUUGGAAAAUUGUUUAAUGGAAGAAAUCUUCCUUCUCAGGAUGAGAUUAAUGCUCUCGUUGAUGAUCUUGUCAUGAACACGAAGAAGCUAAUCAAAGCAACUUCCAGAGAGGUCGAUAAGUGGAGGAGAUAAGUGGAGACGAAAUCGAGACGAUGAUUUCUGGGUGUAGAAUUGUGUCAACGACCAUAUGUUGAUUACAGUUCUCUAGCUAGUCUAUACAUAUGCAUGUAUGUAUGAAACGCAUGACUCGUUCCUUUUUUAUACAGAUUCUGUAGCAUGUAUGCCAUUGAGUUUGGAUUAUUAAUUGCUUCAGUUACAAUUC